AUGACGGCCUUCAACCUCGAAACCUGCGCCCGGCCCAACAUUCUCCAGCUGGAGCCGUACCGCUGUGCCAGAGAUGACUACAAAGACGACGGCACCAACAUCCUCCUUGACGCCAACGAAAACGCCUACGGUCCUCCUCUCCCAGCCAGCAAUGGUGUAAAUGGCUUCAAUACCCCCGACGUUCCCUCGAUCGCCCUUUCAACUCUUCACCGCUAUCCCGACCCGCAUCAGCACGACCUCAAGCAACUCCUCUGCACCCUGCGCAACACCCACGCCCACACCCAGAAAACGCUCACGCCCGCCAACCUUUUUGUCGGCGUCGGCUCCGACGAAGCAAUCGAUGCCCUGCUGCGGUGCUUCUGCGUCCCCGGACGUGACCGCAUCCUGGUUUGCCCGCCGACGUAUGGCAUGUACGCCGUCUCGGCACAGGUGAAUGAUGUUGGGCUGGUGAAGGUGCCGCUGCUGAGUGCGGAGGAAGGGUUUCAGAUUGACGUGCCUGCUGUGCUGGCGAAGCUGGAUGAGGAUGUUAAGAGGGCGGAGGAGAGCCCGGAGGGAGGAAGAAUCAAGUUGGUGUAUUUGUGCAGUCCGGGGAAUCCUACAGGCUCAUUGCUUCGCAAGGAGGAUAUUGCGAAGGUGCUAGCGCACCCCAGCUGGAACGGGGUUGUGGUGGUUGAUGAGGCGUAUAUUGACUUUGCGGCGCCGAACCCGGAGACGGCGAGCUUGGCUGAGUGGGUGACGGAGUGGCCCAACUUGGUGGUCAUGCAGACGCUCAGCAAGGCGUUUGGUUUGGCGGGUAUCCGUCUGGGUGCGGCGUUCACGGAUCCGGCGAUUGCCCGACUGUUGAACAGCCUUAAGGCGCCAUAUAACAUCUCCAGUCUGACCUCGUCUAUAGCGUCGUAUGCUUUGUCGGGUCAGGGCCUGGCCACGAUGCAGGCCAACCGGGCACGCAUCCUCGAGCAGAGGGACCGUCUCCUGCGGGAGAUGCCCAAGAUCCCGGGUGUUGGCAGGCUCCGUGGCGGGACGGACGCGAACUUCCUACUGUACGAGAUGCUUGAUGCCGGAGGCAAGCCGGACAAUGCGACGGCGCUCAAGGUGUACGAGCGGCUAGCCGAGAACCAAGGCGUUGUUGUUCGGUUCCGCGGUAAGGAACACGGGUGUCUAGGUUGCCUUCGGAUCACGGUUGGCACCGACGAGGAGGUUACGAGGUUUUUGGCGUCACUGGAGAGGGUUCUGAGGGAGGUCCGGGGAAACUAG